AUGUGGGGAGAGUACACGGAUUUACAUGUGCCGAGUGAAGAAAAACUCCAGAAAAAAUCAGUCUCUAAACCAGACGGGACCGCUUUAAAAAUCACCACAGGAGAUCACCAAAACCGAACAGUUUCUCGACGGGCAAAGACCGGAAUAGAAACCUACGACGUAGACGACUGGUGGGAGAAAUGGUACCCCAUCGCUCGGGCCGAAACAAGACGCCCUCGCGUAUUCCGCUAUGACGACCAAGGCCGUCCCAUAUACAACCCCUACUGCGGGAGUAUAUGUGCCUGGCAAGCCCGCGAGACCGCUGACGCUUUCCUGGCCCGCACGGCAAACAUAUACGGCACCUUCGUCCGGGCGGUCAACCCCUACGCGCCGCCGCGCUGGAAGCCGGCCCGGGACGCAUUCACCAAGGCUGGCAAGGAGCGACUACAGAUGUUUUCCGAUUUCAUGGACUUCUACGGCUCCUCCGGCGGCGGGUCCACGGGGAAGCGUGACCUGGGCAACAUCAUAACGGAGCGGGCCGAGGUCAUGAGGAACCUCACCCGUAUGGCCAGCGCCUGCGAGGUUGUGGCCGGUAAGUGGCUCCUCUACAUACCGCAUGACCAGGCGGAGGAGGCCUGGAGGAAGAUCGUCACAGCCACGGUGAAGAACGAGCUCGGGUCGGAGGCGAUCAUGAGGCGCAGUGCCCUAAAAGAUAAGCUAGAUAUGGAGGGCGAGCUGAUAAAGGUCUACACCCACGACUACCGGGAUAAGCUGGCGGCCGCCAGAGUGCUGGAGAAACUGAAAACUCUCGGGGUCCUCAAUCCGGAAAAGGAGUAUUAUUACAAGUCUGACGCUUUAUCGCAUCUGAAUCUUUUUGCCCAUAACAGAUGGGGUCUAAAGACUUCACUGUAUUCGUCGACUGAGUGUUUUGAGCUUCUAGAAGCGAUAGAAGAGGGUAUUAGCCCAAGAGUUGCUGCUGCGUAA